AUGGCUUCGCGCUUCUCCCGCCUGGCGAAGCCCAUCGCCGCCGCCACCGUUGUCGCAACCGGUGGUGUCGUCGGCUUCGCGGCCUUCUCCAACCGCACCUCACACACCGUCGACAAGCCCCUCGUCGAGCUCAAGCGCGACGCCCAGGGCCGCAUCGUUCCGCCGUCUUUCCCCUCCGUCAAGGACCGCGAGGCCCAGCUCGCCGACCUGCGCGCCCACGCCUCCGACUCCGCCGAGUAUGACCUGCUCGUCAUCGGCGGCGGCGCUACCGGCACCGGCAUCGCCCUGGACGCUGUCACCCGCGGCCUCAAGGUCGCCCUCGUCGAGCGCGACGACUGGUCCGCCGGCACCUCUUCCAAGAGCACCAAGCUCGUCCACGGCGGCGUCCGCUACCUCGAGAAGGCCAUCCUGAACCUCGACUACGCCCAGUGGCAGCUCGUCAAGGAGGCUCUCCACGAGCGCAAGACCUUCCUCACCGUCGCCCCCCACCUGUCCUCGUCUCUGCCCAUCGUCCUCCCCGUCCAGGAUUGGUACUGGGCCCCCUACGCCUGGGUCGGCACCAAGAUGUACGACCUGCUCGCCGGUUCCCAGGGCCUCGAGAGCUCCUACUUCAUGUCCAAGUCCAAGGCCCUCGAGGCCUUCCCCCUGCUCCGUAAGGAAGGCCUCUUUGGCGCCCUCGCCUACUACGACGGCCAGCACAACGACUCCCGCAUGAACGUCUCCCUCGCCCUCACCGCAGCCCUGUACGGCGCCACCGUCGCCAACCACGUCGAAGUCACCUCUCUGGAAAAGAACGCCAACGGCAAGAUCUGCGGCGCAAAGGUCCGCGAUGUUCUGAACCCCGCCUCCGAGUCCUUCACCGUCCGCGCCAAGGGCGUCAUCAACGCCACCGGUCCCUUCGCCGACGCCAUCGAGCGCAUGGACAACCCCAACCACAAGUCCAUCGUCGCUCCCGCUUCUGGCGCCCACAUCAUGCUCCCUGGAAACAUCUGCCCCAACGGUAUCGGUCUGCUGCAAACCUCGUCCGACGGUCGCGUCAUCUUCGUUCUCCCCUGGCAGGGUGCCACCCUCGCCGGAACCACUGAUACCGCAUGUGCCGUCGAGAAGGAGCCCAUCGCGCAAGACAAGGACAUCGAUUUUAUCCUGUCCGAGGUCAACAAGAUGAUCACUCCCGAGUCUGCUCUGUCCCGUUCUGAUGUUAUGGCUGCCUGGUCUGGAAUCCGCCCCCUGGUCAAAGACCCUAAGGCCAAGAACACCGAAUCCCUCGUUCGCUCCCACCUCGUCACCGUCUCCGACUCCGGCCUCCUCACCUGCGCCGGCGGCAAGUGGACUACCUACCGCCAAAUGGCCCAGGACGCCGUCGACGAAGCCAUCUCCGCCUUCAACCUCAAGCCCCAGUCCGGCCUGGUCCUCCCCGACAUCUCCGGCGCCGGCCUGCCCGGCCUCACCACUACCGGCUCCUGCAUCACCACCCGCGUGCCCCUCCUCGGCGCCCACGGCUUCUCCACCCAGCUCACCGGCCACCUCAUCUCGCACUUCUCCCUCGACCCGGACGUCGCGCACCACCUCGCCACCAACUACGGCGACCGCGCCUGGUCCGUCGCCGCCGUCUCCGCCGCCCGCAUCCUCCCCGAGUUCCCCUUCGUCGAGGGCGAGAUCCGCCACGGCGUCCGCGCCGAGCAGGCCAUGACCGCCACCGACCUCAUCUCCCGCCGCACCCGCCUCGCCUUCCUCGACGCUGAGUCCGCCCUCCGCGCCCUGCCCCGCGUCAUCGACGUCAUGGCCGAGGAGCUCGCCUGGUCUGACGCCCGCAAGGCCGCCGAGUGGUCCGAGACCGUCCGCUUCCUGCAGUCCAUGGGCCUGUCCCAGGACAAGCUCGGCGUCACCCGCGACGACAUGCUGAAGAGCAGCGGCGGGGGCGGUGCCAAGGCCCUCCCUGCUCCUUCCAAGCCCCAGGCCGCUGCUGCCUGUUCCGGCGGCAUCAAGGUCGGCCUAGGCGAGAUCCAGGCCGGCGGUGCGCUGGCGAGGAACGCUACCUCCCAGGCAUAA